UUGAACUGCCAUAGUGUAUGAAAUGUGCUAUAUAAAUAAACUUGCCUUGCCUAUGUUAUUUAUAGUUUAAGUGUUGUGUUUAUCUCUGGAUAUAGGCUUAAUGUGUGUCAUUGUUCUAUACAGGUUAGAGGAUUGUGGAGUCACAGAUGAAGGUUGUGUUGCUCUGGCUUCAGCUCUGAGAUCAAACCCCUCACACCUGAGAAAACUGAGUCUGUCUCAUAAUAAACUAGGAGACUCAGGAGUGAAGCAGCUUUCUGAUCCACUGGCGAAUCCUCACUGUAAACUGGAGACACUGUGCCCCAUCCGGUGGUUCAGCGACAGAUUCCUGCUUGAACCGUCAGAUCCUGCCGGCGGUAGAAGACAGCUGUGAGGAGUCUCUCUGAAGAGGAACAUUUACAUCUUACUAUAUUAUUAUCCCACAAAACACAGUAAAACCAACAGUUAAAUAAACCGGACGAACUACAAACCAGACAACAGAUGCAGGAUACAGUGAAGAGGGUUUUUAAAGCACAAAUGUUUGGUGUAAAUCAACUUGCCUUGUAAUGCCUGAGCAAACAGACCCUUGCAAAAGCGUGAGCAUUUCCUCAAAAUGUGUGUGUGCAGCUGAAAAGAGGGAAGUGGUGUGUGUUUCACCUGAACCAGGACUGACACCAGAUCAGAUUUAUCACUACAUGAUUAUCAUGGCCAAAAUUACACACAAUAUCA